GCGAAUCAAUGGAUUCGAAUCGUAGUGCUAUAGUUACCUACGCCGUGGAUUGGAAAAUUAUCCGUUCGCGUUCUCCAUGCACUCCGGUGUAUAUUUCGUGUUCAUGCGUAUUGUUGCCGCGUUGUUCGCUGAAUAGCCGUCAUCGGUGUAUUUACAUGCGUUCGGUACGCGGUUUGCACGCGACGUGUUGCUGUGCUGUCAGGUUAACGUCCGGUCUCGGUAUCCUCGCGCGGCCAUCCUACCCGUACCGACCGCAUUAACAUUUCGUUCGGACGUGGUAAUGGUCGUCUAGAAUGUCCACCCUGGUUGGUGUGUGAUGUGAUCUGCACUUACCGGACUUGUCCUCGACGCCCGUCGUGAGAAAGCGUUAAAUAACUGUUCCAUUACAAAAUUAAUUUGAAUUCAGGAACAUGUCUGCUAAUAGCCAACACGAAGAUUUGAUAACGGAAGAAAAACUUGAUACGCCAUCAAGGUUUUUGUUUCCGUUUACUCCGUACACCAUUCAACAUGACUUCAUGACAAAACUUUAUUCGGCCAUAGAAAACAAGAAACUUGGAAUUUUCGAAAGUCCCACUGGAACUGGUAAGACAUUGAGUAUUAUAUGCGGAGCUGUAUGUUGGUUAUUUGAUCAUGAAAAGAGAGAAUUAAACCAGCUCAAAAAAACACUAGAAUUAUUUACUAAGAAUAUAGAGGGAUUUGAUGAUGAUGAUGAUGAUGAUUGGAUUGUUGGGCAAUCUAAAUUAGUAGAACAACAACGUAAAGUAUACGAAAUAAAUGCAUUGCUUAAAUCAUUAGAAGAAUUCAAUAAUAAUAUUGAACAAAUUAAAAAGCUACAAGAACAUAAAAAAUCUAAUGUUAAGUCAUUGGAAACUAAUGUUUUGAAUCAAAAAAGUAAUACUGAAAUUGAUAAAACAAACGACAAAUAUUCUUUUGAUGAGGAAUCUGAAUUUUUACUUGAAGACUAUGAUCAAUCAUCUAAUGAUGAUGAUUUUGAAGAAUUAUCUCAAGACAAAAUACAAUAUGAAGGAAUUAAAAUUUAUUUUUGUAGUCGUACUCAUUCUCAACUGUCUCAGUUUGUAGCUGAAAUAAAAAAAAGUCCAUAUUCAACUGCACGUGUUAUACCAUUAGCAUCUCGACAAAACUAUUGCAUAAACAAGGCAGUCAAAAAUUUAAAAAAUAUAACAUUAAUUAAUGAAAGGUGUUUAGAAAUGGGAAAGUCAAAAUCUAGUCAGAAAUCUACUAAGUUAUCUUCAAUUGGUUCAGUAGUUAAGAAAAAAAAAGUUGAACCUCUAUGCAAAUGUGUGUAUAAUAAUAAAGAAGCAAUUCAAUCAUUAGCUGAAGAAGUUACAUUAGAAAUUAGAGAUAUGGAACAGUUAGUAAAUAGAGGAGAACAAUUAUCUGCUUGUCCGUAUUAUGCUAGUAGAGAAUCAAUUAAAUACUCUCAGAUAGUAGUUUUACCAUAUAAUACAUUAUUACAUAAAAGCACUAGAGAAGCAAGUGGCAUUCGUCUUGAGGGUAAUAUAUUUAUUAUUGAUGAAGCUCAUAAUUUAUUGGAUACAAUCGGUCAUAUACAUAGUUCUCAAAUAAAUGGUCAACAGUUAACUCAUAGUUAUAGCCAGUUGAUUCAAUAUAAGGCAAAGUUUGAGUUAAGAUUUACAGCCAGUAAUUUAUUACAUUUGAAUCAAUUGAUUUAUGUUAUUGGAAAGCUCAUUGUUAUGCUGGGUGGAACUCCAGGAGUUAGUCAUGCAGAAGCUAGUCAUAAAGGAAUUGAUUCAAAAGUAUACACUCUUGAAGAUUUUGUCCAUCAAAGUAAAAUUGAUCAUUUAAAUAUGUUUAAACUGGUUGAUUUUUUCAAAAAAAGCAAGAUAGGCCAAAAAAUUCGAGGUUACUCUGAAAAAUAUAUGCCAUCAGUGACAUUGCAACCUUCAAAACCUAAACUUAGCAAUUUACAAGCUUUUCUCAAGGAUAUUGAAGCAAAAAAAAAUAAUAAAGGCAAAAAUCCUAAAGAAGAUGAAAACAAACCAAAUGAACCACAAAUUACAGAUGUAAUUAGUAACAAUCCUCUUACUCCAGUUAUGGCAUUUAUAGAAUCACUCACUAAUCAUUGUGAAGAUGGGCGCAUUGUUUGUUCCAGACAAGCAUUUGUUAGCAAAGGAACAUUGAAAUUUUUACUUUUAAAUCCUGCAGUUCAUUUUAAAGAGAUUGUGGACAAAGCUAGAUCAGUGAUUGUAUCUGGUGGUACUAUGGAACCCAUAUCUGAGUUUAAAGAUCAACUAUUCAAUUUCAGUGGUAAUAACUCUGAAAGAAUUGUUCAUUUUAGCUGUGGUCAUGUUGUACCAUCAGAUCAUAUAUUACCAUUAAUCAUAUGCUCCGGACCAUCUGGAAAACAAUUGGAUUUUUCUUACCAAGAAAGAUCUACUACUAAAAUGCUGAAUGAAAUUGGAUCAUUGCUUGAAAAUGUUUGUCGAAUAGUGCCUGCUGGAAUUGUAUGUUUUUUCCCAUCUUACGAUUAUGAACAGAUUGUUUAUCAACAUUUAGAAAAAAAUAAAGUCAUUAACAGGAUUUUAGAAAGGAAAAAAGUAUUCAGAGAACCAAAAUCAACUCAACAAGUUGAUGACGUUUUAAAGAAUUAUUCUAAAGCUAUUUUUACACCAUCAUUAAAUUCUAAAGUAACUGGAGCGUUAUUAUUUAGUGUUAUUGGUGGCAAACUGAGUGAAGGUUUAAAUUUUAGUGAUGAUUUAGGACGUUGCGUUAUAGUCAUUGGUCUUCCAUAUCCAAAUAUUAAGUCUGCUGAAUUACAAGAAAAAAUGAAUUACUUAAACAGCCAUAUGGGUCAAGGCGCUGGCCAAGAUCAUUAUGAAAAUUUAUGUAUGAAAGCUGUAAAUCAGUCAAUUGGUCGUUCUGUUCGUCAUCAACAAGAUUAUGCUGCAGUGUUACUUUUAGAUCAUCGUUAUCAAAAAGAUAAUGUUCGCGAUGCUCUUCCAAAAUGGUUGCAACCUUCUUUACAAGUACAUUCUACAUUUGGAUCAGCAUUUUUACAGUUAAACAAGUUUUUUGUUCCAAAAAAAAAAUUGAAACAUUAAUUUAUGAAUGAAUG